AUGUUUGCCAAUAUUGCUGACAUCUGCAAGCGCAUGCACUGUCAGCCCAAGCACAUUAUUCAGUUCUUGUUUGCCGAAUUGGGUACGAGCGAGCAAAUCGAGAAUGUUCUCCAACAAUACAUUGUCAAAUAUGUGACCUGCAAGACCUGCAAGAGCCCCGACACAACCUUGACCAAGGACAACAGGCUGACCUACUUGUUGUGCGGUUUGACUUGCUCGGUUGCCGGUAUCAAACCCGGUUUCCAAGCCGCGACCCGUGCCGCUUGUCGUGCCGCAAGGGCUUGA